AUGCCAUCUGCAGACAAUGCGACCCAGCUCACGGUUCUCUUUGCUACAGAGACAGGGAAUGCGGAAGAUAUUGCAUACCGGAUCGCAGACAUAGCCCUGCGCCACCAUGUCCCGACACGUAUAUGUGAUUUACACGAUUAUGAUCGCACAGAUCUGAUCAACGAGUCAUACAUCAUAUUUGUAGUCUCAACAACGGGGAAUGGUGAACUGCCUGUAUCUGCACGUCCACUGUGGCGCUUUCUCUUGCGCAAAGGAUUACCAGGCGAUAUCUUGUCGGACCUGACGUUUACCACGUUUGGCCUCGGCGAUUCCACUUACACAAGAUUCUGCUGGGCAUCACGCAUGCUGCACCGACGCCUUCAAGAUCUAGGUGCCAAGGAAUGGCUUCCCUCCGGGGAGGCAGACGAGCAGCACGAACUUGGACUGGACGGUGGUGUCUUGCCUUGGCUGGACUCCUUGGUUCAGCACCUGAAGCAAGAUCUAUGUGAGCCAAACGGGCCAUCGCCGAUCUCAAAUGACGUGCUAUUGCCUCCGCGCAUCGAAGCACAUGUUGUACAGGCAGCAACACAGCCGGCAGAUAAACAAGGGUGUGUGCGAUGCGACGCUCCAUCCCCACCAACAGACCCUGCGACGAAAGCAUUCUCCUCAGCCAGACUAGACGAUUCGACCAUGUAUGCAACUGUGGUGAAAAAUGACCGCAUGACGGACAAAUCGCACUUUCAGGAUGUGCGGUGUAUCGAGCUUGCACUUCCUUCUAACACACCGGUCCCUGCAUACCACGCAGGGGAUGUCGUGUGUGUACGUCCAGAAAACAAGGCAGCUGAUGUCGACUGGCUUCUUGAGCGACUCGGAUGGUCCUCUUUUGCCGAUGAUGCGCUCACACUGACCAGGCAUGAUCCCCGUACGUACACACGCGCGUCUCCUUGGUCACUCACCCCACCCGACUAA